AUGAGCCUCGAAUACGGUCCCCUCAUUCGCCUUUGGGGCAUUCACAGCUCACAGCUUCCAGCUGUCUCUGCAUCACCUGAUGAGCUGACACCAUUCCUCUCAUCAAUCUUGCUCGAGGCCGCACCCUUCAUCAGUAACGUACCGUCGCCCGAACGUUCACCAUUUAAAACGGCAUGGCAGUCAAUGGGCAGCAGAAGAUUCCUGUCGUCUAAAUCGCCCGUAUAUAUGUACAACCGUACUGUGCAUACCGAUGUCUUGGAAUCGCUAGCCCAGCAACAUCAUUUACCCCAACUCAAGGGAGGGCGGCUCCAACCUGAAAAAUGGUACCUCCGCCGCAGCACACAUGAGGACAGCGCCGCCCCCGGCACUGCCCGCUGGGACGAGUGGGUUAAGUGCUUCAAGGAGCACCAUUCCGAAGCGGAAAAGGAGUUCACGCCGACGGUUCUGGGCACAACCGUGCAUCAGGAAUGGGACUGCCGGGACGUAGAGGUCGAGUUGGACGGCGAGAUCUGGACCGAUUGGACCCUCAAGUUGGAGGAAUCUGUGCACCAACUGCCUCCCCCUUUCAAGGACCGAGUGUUUCCUGUGCUACAGGCCACAGCAGCCGUUCGGGGUGGGAGGAAGUUCAUGGUCGUCCAGAUUGCGGCAUCUGAUUUGAACCCGGACAAGCAGCGAAGCAAAACGGUGCGCGGCGCCUACACAAGCAUCGAGCGACUGAUGGAGACGCCUGACGGCAUUGAAUGGGUCAUGGCGACGACGUCGGACGCCAAGGGCUCGCUGCCACCAUGGAUGCAGAAGAUGGCCAUGCCAGGACCAGUUGCGAAGGAUGUUGCUCUCUUCUUGUCUUGGAUCGCGUCUCAGCGAACAACGGGGAAGACCAGUUUAGAUUGGAGCGGAGGCCAGGCUGCCAAGGGAAAACAACCCCUUCCGCCGAGUCAUCCCAUCGCGCGCGCUGAAGCACUUGCCAAGAUGACAUUCGAACUGAGUAUCCGGCACGUCAGUGUUCAAACCGACCGGCUACAACGGGACCUACAAAAGCUCGUACACUCCACGGGCCAGGACAAGGAAUUCAGGGAACAGCAUGAGGAUCGCCUACAGAAGCUAUGGCAGGAAAUGUUGGCAGUGAAGCAACACAUGUCCCAGGUCGAUGGCGGUCAGAAGGGGGCGGAAGAACUGAGAGCGGAUUUCGAAAAAUGCCAGGAAGAGACCAAGGCGCUCGUCUCUGAGUUUCAGCACGAGAUCAAAGAACUCCGAGAGCUUUUUGAUGGGCUUUCGAGGCAACUGGAUCAGUUGCCGACGUUGGCGGAUUCGAUAAUCGAGUCUGGAUACAAGUCUCAGUCCACCACAGUCGACAGGUCGACACUUGAUUCCCAGACAAAGUCUUUGCACCGCGGAUAUUCACUUAACAGCCAAGACAGCUGGGGCGCAUCGAUGGAUCAAAGUGUUGAGGAACUUGUACAAGCCGGGCAUGAUCAACAAGCUGUCACCGACGUAUCUAUUCGGGUUGUCGAAACAAUCAAGUCGACUCGUCGAUGGCAUCGCGACCACAAGGCCACGAUCCUCAGUGAUGCAGAGUACACUGCAAGCUAUCUCAAGCAGCAAUCGAAGCGGGAUCCGGAUCUCGCCGUCCGCAUACAGAAGGCACUAUUACGUUGGGUUCGACGGAAUAGAAGGCUAGCGAACCCGCCUCCACGGUCACUUGCGGAAUUCUGCAAGGAUGUCAAGUGGCAAGAUGUGAUCGAUACAGUCCAGGACAUGCUUGUGAAACACGAGAAGAGGACAAUGAUGGAAAUGUUAAAGAGUCCCAAUAACUGA